CCUCUCUGCACAUGUGUGUUAGUAGUAUCUUUUAUACAUUUUAUUUCUCGGCAAUAAAUCGCUUCCAACUGCCGUCCCAUGUAUUUUCGCUUUCCUCGUCCAUUACUCUUGACAUCUUUCUCUCGGUCAAGUUUUCUUCUUCGAAGCCUCCUCAAUCCAAUGGGUUCCAAAAGGAUGGCCUCUUCUUCUGCGGACUCGGGUGACUCUCCAUUGUCCGCGAGUGAUUUCCGGACAUAUAAUCGCAUGUCGGAGCAAAUGGAAGGAUUUCAUAGCCAUUUCCGUUUAACAUGGAACCAGCUUUGGGAGGCAUGUGAAAGCUCUGGAAAACGGGGACUCUCAGCCCGCCAGAUGAUUAUGAUGGGCCUUCAAUUCUGCUCGCAAUUGGAUUUCCAUCACUCCAUCGAGGAGCAACACAUCUUUCCCGUAUUAGCGAAAAAGAUGCCUGAGUUUCGAAAGGAACUCGAACUAUUGAGUCAGCACAGACAGAUCCAUGCGGGACUUGAGAAACUCGAGAGGUAUCUUGAGCAGUGUCGGUCCGGCGAGGAAGAUAUGCGCCGCGAAGAGGUGAAACGGUUGAUGGAAGGGUUUGGCAAGGUUCUGUGGACACACUUGGACCAAGAAGUUCAAACUCUUGGAGCUGCUAAUAUGCGCAAGUUCUGGUCUCUUGCCGAGAUGCGUCAGCUUCCUAUGUGA